AUGUCAAAAGCUGAAUCAAAAGAAAUCCACCACAUAGAACCAACUCUUCUUGAUGAGUAUUUGGCCACUUUCCUGUUGUCCCUUAAAAAGUCAAAUGGCACAGAUUUUGAACCAAGCUCCCUCCGUGGCAUCAUUGCUAGUGUUGACAGGUACCUGAAACGACAUCGCUAUGGAUGUUCAGUCAUGACAGGGACUGGAGCCCAAUUUGCACUCACAAGGGACACCUACAAUGCAAAGAAAAAAAGUCUUAAGAAACAGGGUAUGGGAAACCGUCCUAGGGAGGCCCAUCCGCUGAGUGAUACCGACAUCGAUCUGCUCUGGGAGAAGGGGAUCCUUGGCACGGAGUCUCCGAAAGCCUUGUUAAAUACAGUCUGGUUGAACAACUGCCUUCAUUUUGGCUUGCGAGGUACAACGGAGCAAUACAAUUUGCGGUGGGGAGACGUCCGCCUCCGUGUAGACUCGAAUGGUGUCGAGUAUCUCGAGUUAAACGAGCGGCAAACGAAAACGCGCACAGGAGAGAACAUCGCUGACAUAAGAAGUGUCUCCCAAGAUGUUCGGCACUUCUGGACCAAGAAAUCCCGUGUUAAUUUACAAGCUGUACUCGAAUAUGCGUCCAUCUGAUUUUUCUUCAGAUCAGCACCCUUUCUACCUGGCAACACGCACCAUUGACACUGCAUCCCAGUGG